AACCAAAACCUAAACCUCUCAAAUUCCACUUCUAAAUAGACCCACCAAAACCACACUCCCCUCCUCCGCAUUCGCCACCACGAUUUCAAGGCGUUACGUCUGCUCCCACGCACUCAACAUUGCUAAACCUAAUAUUAAUUUCAAUUUCAAGCAUGUCUCGUGCUGUAGCGGAAAAUAGUGUAUCCCCAGUUUCUGAUAAUAAUUUUCCCUUCUUUACUCACUCCAUGGAGUUAAAUGACUUGUCUUACGAGACCCCCGGGGCGUCACCCACUCUCGGCCAGUUGUUGAAGCGAGUAGGCGACGUACGGAAAGAAGAGACGGGAGAUGAGACUCCGGUGCAUCAGAUUCUUGACGUCAGCGAAACCGGCAGUGUGGAGCCUCGUUCUCUACCGUUCGUUUUGUCUUUCAACAAUUUGACUUACAGCGUCAAGGUCCGCCGCAGAAUGGGGCUCCCGGGGAUCUUCCGUCGACAUCGGCAACACCGUCUUGGCGCUGCUACUGCGACGGAUCUUGUGCCCGGAGAGAGCCUUUUCUCGAAAACCAAGACUCUUCUCAAUGACAUCUCCGGCGAGGCGCGCGACGGUGAGAUUAUGGCUGUGCUUGGCGCCAGUGGUUCCGGAAAGUCGACGCUAAUCGACGCGUUGGCAAAUCGUAUCGCGAAAGGGAGCUUGAAAGGAACAAUUACACUGAAUGGCGAAGUAUUGGAGUCAAGGAUGUUGAAAGUAAUCUCCGCUUAUGUCAUGCAAGACGAUUUGUUGUUCCCGAUGUUAACGGUGGAGGAGACGUUAAUGUUCGCGGCAGAGUUCCGACUGCCGAGAGCAUUGUCAAAGUCAAAAAAGAAAAUGCGGGUUCAAGCUUUGAUAGAUCAACUAGGGUUACGAAACGCCGCAAAAACAGUUAUAGGAGAUGAAGGUCACAGAGGAGUAUCCGGCGGAGAGCGACGUCGUGUUUCAAUAGGAAUUGAUAUAAUUCAUGAUCCAAUUAUAUUAUUUCUUGACGAACCGACUUCAGGGCUCGACUCCACCAGUGCCUAUAUGGUGGUGAAGGUUUUACAAAGAAUCGCUCAAAGUGGAAGCAUCGUCAUGAUGUCGAUUCACCAGCCAAGUUACCGGAUUCUCGGGUUGCUGGAUAGAAUGAUAUUCUUGUCACGUGGACAAACUGUUUACAGCGGUUCACCGAUGAGUUUGCCUCUGUUUUUUGCCGAGUUCGGCCAUCCGAUUCCGGAACACGAGAAUCGGACCGAGUUCGCUCUUGACCUUAUCCGAGAACUCGAAGGCUCCCCCGGCGGGACGAAAAGUUUAGUUGAAUUUAACAAAUCAUGGCAACAAAUGAAGCACACGAGAAGUACUUCAGUUCAUGUAGUUGAGAGCAAUCAACAAGGCCUCUCACUCAAAGAAGCCAUUAGCGCAAGUAUUUCAAGAGGAAAAUUAGUUUCAGGUGCAACCAAAAACGAUGCAAGUUCAACAUCAAUGGUGCCCGCUUUUGCCAAUCCGUUCUGGAUUGAAAUAGCGGUUUUGUCCAAAAGAUCAAUCACAAAUUCACGUAGAAUGCCGGAACUGUUCGGGAUUCGAUUGGGGGCAGUUUUGGUAACCGGAUUUAUUUUAGCCACCAUGUUUUGGCACCUUGAUAAUUCGCCCAAAGGCGUUCAAGAACGAUUAGGCUUCUUCGCUUUCGCCAUGUCCACAACUUUCUACACGUGCGCCGACGCCCUCCCUGUGUUUCUUCAAGAACGAUACAUUUUCAUGAGAGAGACUUCUCACAACGCUUAUCGGAGAUCAUCUUACGUGUUAUCUCACGCUCUGGUGGCGUUACCGUCGUUGAUUUUCCUCUCAUUAGCCUUCUCCGCCACCACAUUUUGGGCGGUGGGCCUCGACGGCGGAGUCUCUGGGUUCUUAUUCUAUUUAGGGAUAAUCUUCGCCUCCUUUUGGGCGGGAAGUUCUUUCGUCACGUUUCUCUCAGGUGUUGUGCCUCAUGUUAUGUUAGGGUACACCAUUGUUGUUGCCAUUUUAGCUUACUUUUUACUCUUCAGUGGCUUCUUCAUCAGCCGCGACCGAAUCCCUGCCUACUGGAUUUGGUUCCAUUACUUGUCACUCAUCAAAUACCCGUAUGAAGCCGUUUUGCUAAACGAGUUUGAGGAUCCGGUAAAGUGUUUUGUCAGAGGGGUUCAGAUUUUCGACAACACGCCGCUGGGGGCAGUGCCGACAUCCGUGAAAGCGAAAUUGUUGGAGACUCUGAGCUCGACUUUGGGGAUGAGGAUUACAAGCUCAACGUGCUUGACGACAGGGUCGGAUAUAUUAGAGCAACAAGGGAUCACCGAUUUGAGUAAAUGGAGUUGCUUGUGGAUCACUGUGGCUUGGGGUUUUCUGUUCAGGAUUUUGUUUUACUUUUCUUUGUUAGUGGGAAGCAAGAACAAGCGGCAGUAAGAAUUCGUGAGGAAAGCUUAUUAAUUAAAGUUUCAAUUUUAUGUGAAAAUUAUUAAUAUAUCUUAAUUAAUUAUUUGAUGAAUUUGCCAA